UUGUCAUACUCUCAGCUGCUGGGACGACUGGACAGUUUGGUUAAACAACACGAGAGGGAAUCAGAGAAACAGAGCUGAGCUGCUGCUUCACAUGCCAUAGACUGAAUAUUAAGAUGGUCCGCGCAACAGCUGCCUGGGAGUGAGGCUCCUUUUGCUGACUGGCUGGAGUACAGGUGUGUUUCUGUUCUUCAGUCUCUGUGGGGUGAAAAACUAAAUCAUGGGAGCCAACAACCCAGCCUCACCACCUCGCGCCCAGCCCAGGGGUCUCUUCAACAGCAUCAAGUUCUUCGUUCUGUGCCACAGUCUGCUGCAGCUGUCUCAGCUGUUAGUGUCGGGCUAUAUGAAGAGCUCCAUCUCCACCAUAGAGAGACGCUACGGCCUCUCCAGCCAGAAGUCUGGACUGCUGGCUGCUUUCAACGAGGUGGGGAACACGGUGCUCAUCGUGUUCGUGAGUUUCUUUGGGAGUCGAGUCCACCGGCCGAGGUUCAUCGGGGGCGGAGCUCUGCUGGCCUGCAUGGCCUCUCUGCUGAUUGCAAUGCCGCACUUCCUGGGUGGACAGUACGAGUACACAAAACACAUCAGCUCCUCUGGUGAUAACAGCUCUGGACUCUGUCAAUCAGAGAACACAUUCCUCACCUCAUCCUCCAAUCAGAGCUGCAGCAAGGAGGAGAGCCCCGCCCAGCAGGUGGUGUAUCCUCUGCUACUGCUGGGUCAGCUGCUGCUGGGGAUCGCAGCCGUCCCCAUCCAGCCAUUUGGAAUCUCCUACAUCGACGAUUACGCCAGCAAGAAGAACUCCCCGCUCUACCUCGGCAUCCUCCUGGCUGUGACCUCCAUUGGCCCGGCCGUCGGCUUCAUCACCGGCUCCUUUAUGCUGCGUUUUUAUGUCGACUUUGACAAGUUAUCCAAAGAUCAGAUUGAGUUGAACCAUAAGGACCUGCGCUGGGUGGGGGCCUGGUGGCUCGGCUUCCUCGUAGCGGCAUGCCUCCUCUUCCUCACCGCGAUGCCUUACCUCUUCUUCCCCAGUAUCAUGCCCAAAGAGGACGAAGCAGACGAUGACGAGUGCACACCGGACAGCAAGCAGCCGCAGACAAACCCACUCCAGGAACUCUCUCUCCUUCAGUUCCUUAAAAGUUUUCCUCGUAUCGCUCUGCGAACCCUGCGGAGCCCUAUCUACCUGCUGGUGGUUCUGGCGCAGGUCAACCUGGCAGCGCUGCUGGCGGGUCUAGCCACCUUUAUGGCCAAGUUCAUAGAGAGACAGUUCAGCCAGACUGUCUCUUUUUCCACCAUGAUGAUAGGAGGAGUUUGUAUCCCUCUGGCCGUGUUGGGCACCGUCCUAGGUGGAGUUCUGAUGCGGAGGUUGAAUCUGUCCAUCAGCAGUGCCAGUAAGCUGUGCACCGCUGCCGUCCUGCUCGGUCUGUUCUGUUCAACGCCGCUGUUGUUCAUUGGCUGCCCAACACAGAAGGUCGCCGGAGUGUUUCCUACAAGAAGUGAUGCAUUGUCGUGCAGCGCUGGUUGUCGCUGUCCUCAGGAGGCCUUUAACCCAGUCUGUGGUUCAGACGGAGUGGAGUUCAGAUCUCCCUGCCACGCCGGCUGUAUGGCUAUGGAGAUGGAUACAUUGAACAAGGCCGUUAAUUACACCGGGUGUCGGUGUGUCGGCGGUCUCGGCUACGCCUCCCCGGGGACCUGCGGCAGUGGAUGCUCCCACCUCCUCCUUCCCUUCAUGGUUCUGAUUGGCCUCACUGCCUUCGUCGCCUCCUUCUCUCAGACGCCCUCCUACAUGAUGAUCCUUAGGACAGUGCCAGCUGAGGACAAGUCUUUCGCAGUGGGAGUUCAGUACAUGUUGUUCAGAGUACUCGCGUUCAUGCCCGGACCAGUGUUGUAUGGUAGUGUCAUCGACACCACCUGCCUCCUGUGGGGCAAAAAGUGCGGCAAACAGACUUACUGUCUCUACUUCAACUUGGACAGCUUCAGACAGAGGUUUCUGGGUCUGCAGCUGGUCUUUGUGUGUGGGGGGCUGCUCUGCUUCCUGCUGACAGUGGUGGUCCUGCGCAGGAGACGCAGGGUUCAGGAGCCACAGGCAGGCUGUAAGGGAGGCUACGAACUGGUGAAUGGGCAGAAAGCACCAGAAAAGUGUACGUCUAAAGAAACAGAACUCAUGGGAAUCAAAACAUGAAGAGAGUGACAUGGGACACGAUGGUACUCUGCUGCAUUGAUAACCAUUGGUUAACUUGACCAAUCCUGAUUCACUCCGCUCUGGAUGAUUACUGCAUCUCCCCCUGGUGUCUCCUCCUGGUAAUUCAUCACUAGUUCUGGUUAGUAAUUUGUAUUACUAGUCAUGUUGUAUAAAGUCUGUGAGUAUUACAGCCUCUAAACUGGGACACAUCAUGAGUUCAUAGCUAAUGCUGCUGCUGCUGCCUUUAUCAUCAUCAUUCAGUCUAACUUGGAUAUGAAACAUGAAUCCUUACUCCUCCUCUGCUUUGUAGUCUAUAGAGCUCAAACAGAUUAGCCACAUUUAGCUAAUUAAAGUUGUACAGAUAACCUUGUCAUGCUGCAGUAAAUGUAGUUUAUAUAUUCAGACAACAGAAACUACAAGAUAUAACAACUCUUGGAUGAACAGUUUAAACCCUAUAACAACAAAAAAGUUACAUUUAAGAAGGAGAGCUAUCAUUCGCAACAGACUCUGGAAAAAAUAAUUUACACAGUCUUAUACAUUUGCCCUUUUAUCAGUUUUCCAAUAGUUUUUUACACUGAAUCAAAUGCUAGUCACAAGUAUUGAGGUAGCUGAUUGACUUGGUUCCAGCCUUCAAUCCCUUGAUAUUAGGAUAUUGUGAAAUGUCAAAGGAGGAUUGGAUGGGAAAAUUAACUUCCGGAGCCAGAGCUGCAGAAAAAGUUGACGGUUAAUGUUGAGCUUUAUUUGACCAUAAUUUACUAAUGAAAAUCAUGCUAUAUUUGGGAAGAUUUGGAUAUUAGGGUAUUAGGAUAUUAGGAAAAGGCUUCAUUUUAUCAUAGACUUACUUCAGACUGUUUUUGUUUUUUUGCUUUACAACCAGUGGGGACGCCCCCUGCUGGACAAUAGAAAGAAGGAUGGUUUACUAAGAGUUGGAUGAAUGUAAGAUGGAUUCAAAGGCCAAAAUGUAUAUCUAAAAUGUUGUGCUUUAUUAUGUUUUUCAUGAAACAAUAUAAAUCCAAAAAAAAAAACACGAUGAGCAGUGAACACACUUUUUUGUAUCAUUGUUUUAAAGUUUUGUAAUACUGUUCAUUAUUAACACUGUGAACUUCCAAUCAUGUAUUUUUCUAUGCAAUACAUGUAUAAGCUGUUUUUUAAGAUUCAUUUUGAAUAUCUUUUCAAAAAAAUAUUUUCUCUAAGCUUCCUAAAUUUCAUUAAAAAAAUAUUUUUCCUGUUGUGUCAUUGUUUUUUUCAUAAUUAGUUAAAGUAAUUACAUAACUUGAUGAAUUGCCUAUUUCGUGCUGUAUAAAAUUUCCUUUUAUUAAAGGAACCUCAACAAAAGUCUUUGAGCAGGACAAAAGCCAACUGGUUUACUAGGAUAAUGCUUUUGAAUCUUUUUGUGUUUGCUUUAUUACCUGCACUUCAGUCUGAUGUGGUUCAGGUUCUUUGCUCCACAUUCUGAGGUAAAAGUCAGAAUUCAUGUGAUUUCUACCUUUUGAUAACAGAUUAUAAAAUUGAGCCAGAAAACAUCAUUGUGUGAAUUUUAAUACAUUUCUGAGCACAAA